UCUUAUCUAUUUUAUUUAGCCAACACUGCUUUCUUUCCAAAAAGCAAUUCAGGUUAUAUUGAAAGCCAAAAUUUCACACGUGUCCUAGAAUUCCAACUUAUGGGCUUCUCCAAGGAUCCAGAGCUGCAGCCUGUACUCCUGGGAUUGUUCCUCUCCAUGUACCUGGUCUCAGUGCUUGGGAACAUGCUCAUCAUCUUGGCUGUCACCUCAGACUCCCAACUGCACACACCCAUGUACUUCUUCCUCUGCAGCCUGUCCUUGGCUGAUGUGGGUCUCACCUCUACCACAGUUCCCAAGUUGAUCAUUGCCAUCCUCACCCACAGCACAGUCAUCUCCUAUGCAGGUUGCCUGACUCAGAUGUCUUUCUCCAUCAUCUUUGGAUGCAUGGAUGAUUUGAUGCUUACAGUAAUGGCAUAUGACCGGUUUGUUGCCAUCUGCCACCCCCUGCAUUACCAGGUCAUCAUGAACCCUCAUUGCUGUGGUUUCCUAGUUGCAGUGUCUUUUUUAGCAAGCCUUUUGGAUUCCCUACUACAAUUUUUAAUGGUUUUAGAAGUUACCUGCUUCAAAACUUUGGAAAUUUCUAGCUUCUUUUGUGACCCUUCUCAGCUUCUCAACCUCACCUGCAUAACCACCUUCACGAAUGACAUGCUGAUUUAUUUUGUUGGGUUUGUAUAUGGCUUCAUUCCUUUCUCAGGGAUUCUUUACUCCUACUAUAAAAUUGUCUCUUCCAUUCUGAGGGUCCCAUCUCCAGAGGGGAGGCAUAAAGCCUUUUCCACCUGUGGCUCUCAUCUCACAGUGGUUUGCUUAUUUUAUGGAACAGUCUUUGGGGUGUAUCUGAACUCAGCUUUCUCAAUAUCUACUAGGAAGGGUGCAGUGGUCUCAGUGACAUAUGCAGUGGUUACUCCCAUGCUCAACCCCUUUAUCUACAGCCUGAGGAACAGGGACAUCAAGAGGGCCAUGUGCAGGGUCCUCAGCAAAGCAGUAUCAUUUAGUCUCUGUGUCCUCCACGUGAACCGCAGAUUGGACAACCCAGCAACGCAAAGCAUGUAG